AUGGAUCAGGAGCCAUGCCCAGCUGGUGAAAAAACAGCCGAAAUAAAUACAAUUAACCACUUGUGGAAAGACUUGAUGGGGAAUCCGAGUAAACCGUCUGACCAUCCUUGUGUAGAGACCGCAGUAAUCCGGUUUACGCAAACUCGACUGCCUGCUAUGAACGGAACGACUUUGAUCCGAUCGCGUCAACUUGACCUGUAUGCCAAAACAAGAGUCCCGCUUUUCGGAGGCCAGCCAUCCUCAAUAACCGAACAUAACAUCACUUGGACGGAUGUGUCACGUGCAGGACCCGGCCCUUCGAAAGCAUGCCCUGAUUGGUUAGAAUGCCGGCUAAUCGGGGCCGAGCAUCCUUGA